CUGCAUCGUACAGUUAUCUGCAGUGCACCGACCUGCUGCCUUGCUCUCGCACCCGCGCUGGACGCGGCGCCAGCCGGCCUUGACGACUGAGCGCCAAGCCCCUCGAUCUCGCCAUGUUCUCAACCCGCCGCCAGUCGCCUCUGGCCUGCCACUCGGUCGGAAAAGUCACGGCCAGGAUCCUUCUCUCGUUCCUGGCCUCGACCCCGGCGGUCGCGACUCUGGUCGACCCGCUCUUCACAGAUGCCACACCCAUACUCUCGCCCCUCCUGCCAGCCGAGCCGCCGCAGACGGGCGAGCAUGUACUCACUCUCCGUCACGUCUUCCAUCACGGUACCCACCAGCAUCCAGAUCUCCAUCGACGACGGGAUAUCACUGGACCAGAGGCUGAAAUAUGGCUCUCGAAAGAAGACGACCACCAGGCGGAGCGCGUCUCUGUGCUCAAGGCAAAGAGCAAGCCGCACAAGAUCGAGCGCAUGCGUGACAGGCGGCCGAGCGUCAUUGAUCCGCUCGUAGCGCAGGCUCGGCAACAGGGCUCUGUCUUUGCCAGCUCUCCCGCAGCUUGGACCAUAGAGGACGUCUCUGGUCCUGAUGUGACGGACAAGGAUACCAUCCUCUCCAUGGCCAUCAUCACAGCCAACGCCUACGUGGAGAAGCCCGGCAUGCCUGACUGGGAAGAAGUCGGGCGGCCAUUUAACAGGACUGAGGACUUUGGCUGGGAGAGCGAUGGCUUGCGCGGCCAUAUUUGGGGCGACGAGACUAACUCGACCAUCGUCAUUGGCCUCAAGGGCACUUCCCUGGCUGUAUUUGAUGGCGAAGGCACCACGACCAACGACAAGGUCAACGACAACCUCUUCUUCAGCUGCUGCUGUGGUCAACAAGGGCAAUGGACUUACCAUCAAGUCUGUAAUUGCGCCUCUGGCACAUAUCAGUGCAACAACACCUGUGUGAGGCAAGCUCUACAGGACGAGAACAGAUACUAUCAGGCGGCUCGAGAGCUGUAUGCAAACGUGACGGAGUUGUAUCCCGAGGCCAACAUCUGGGUUGCAGGGCACUCUCUUGGCGGUGCUGUUAGCUCUCUCCUCGGCUUGACAUACGGUCUUCCCGUCGUCACUUUUGAGGCAGUGCCUGAAGCCAUGGCCGCUUCACGGUUGGGUCUCCCUGUGGCGCCUCACUCAGACCCGUUGUACCACCAGACACGCGAGUACACGGGCACCUUCCACUUCGGCCACACAGCGGACCCCAUCUAUAUUGGCACAUGCAAUGGCGCAACUGCUUCAUGUUCGUAUGCAGGCUACGCACUCGAAUCAUCCUGCCAUGCCGGAUAUGAGUGCACAUACGACACGGUCGCAGACAAGGGGUGGCGAGUUGGCAUUGGCACACACAAGAUCCGAUCCGUGAUCAAUGACAUCAUCAAGGUCUACGACACUGUGCCAGAAUGCAACUACACUCCCGAGUGCAGAGACUGUGGCAAGUGGAAGAUGUUCGAGAGCAAUAGCACAGACUCGACGACUUCGUCUACUAGUUCGACCACAUCAAAGACAAGAACGCGCACCGCGACUUGUCAGACACCUGGCUGGUGGGGCUGCCUGGAUGAGACCACUACCACUGUCACCACCACGACGAGUACAUCCUCGUCAAGCAUAUCCACAACAUGCAAGACGCCGGGGUGGUUUGGGUGCAAGGACGAGACGACCACUACUACUCGUAGCCACACCAGCAAAUCGACGCCAGCCAGUACUCCUACCACAUGUCUUACUCCUGGGUGGUGGGGAUGCAAUGACCCGGUUGUGACGACCACCUCCGGUAACGGCGACACUUCCGCGCCACCAAUCACUUCGCCGCCUUCAUUGCCCACUUCUACUGCUGCUGAAGAACCGAAACCAACGACGGAGAGCUCAUGCAUAAGCCGAGCCUGGUAUGGUGGCUGUAAGGAAUAUGGCACUGCCGAAGUAGGCGAACUAUAGACCAUUGAGCAAAACCUGCAUCUGGUUGUAUGCAAGGUAGAGGAGCAUUCACAUUUGUUUGAGCGAAAUUGACAUUAUAGAUUAUACACGAACUAUUCAAGUUUUGCAAGUCUCUCAGAUUGACCAGUUCAGCAUCACUGGCGGUGGUGCUCGGAAUCCUCGCGGGGGUGUCACAAACAUUGGUAAAGCCCGUGAACAUGAGCCAGUUGCAUG